AUGCAUAUGUGGAGUGACGAGAAUCCUCAAGCAACUCGAGCCAGAAGUUUCCAAACGCCUUGGAAAAUAAACGUGUGGGCAGGAAUUAUGGGCACAAGCAUAUUAGGUCCAGUAAUUCUGCCCGACAUUUUAAAUGGCGCAUCAUACUUGGAAUUUUUAUCCGAAAAUAUUCCAGACUUUUUGGAAGAAAUUCCAUUAGCAAAUAGGAAUAAAAUUAUAGUCCAACAAGAUGGUGCUGGACCACACAAUGCCAGGAUAGUAACAAACUAUUUACACGAACAAUUUCCUGACCGUUGGAUGGGCCGAUACGGCCCAAUAAGUUGGCCCGCAAGAUCGCCAGAUUUCAAUCCUUUGGAUUUUUUCCUGUGGGGAUACUGCAAAGAAUUUAUUUACAGACAGCUUCCCGAAGACAUCGAAGACUUAAAUGACAAGCUGCAUUAUGCCAUUUGGAGUAUCGACGAUGAUAUUUUGGAGAAGACGCAAAUAAAUUUAUUACGACGCAUGAGAGCCUGCAUUACAAUGGACGGUGACCACUUUGAACAUUUACUGUGA